ACAGAGAUGCGGGACGUUUUAAAAAUAUUCCGCUUAUUUUUACUUUCACUAACCCUCGCGUGCGUUUGCGGCGAUGACCUCGCGAAAGCCGAGACUAAUCCGAUCACUAUCGCAUACGAAAACAACGGAAAAGUCAACAUUUCCAGUUUGGAAAUUGUGGAAGCAGCACUCGAGUUCGUGACGACCACCCAGCGGCUCGUUCCGUUGUAUUCGCCAGAUGUUGACGAAACGUCGGGCGUGGCGGAUUCCGGGAUUUCAACAUCUGGCACUGCGAAACAAUCGAGCGCUGAUGACGUAUCCGCAUUGGGCGGCAAAGAGAUACUUUAUUCUAACGUGGUCAAUGAUGAAGGGACGACGACAGAGGAUUUCCCUUACGACGUGCGUACCGAGAUCACCGUCGUAGAAGAAGUAAACGGUCAUACGGUGCGCAGGAAACCGACAGAACAAGAGUUGAAAUCGUUGAGCCAUGUGGUGGACGACGACGACGACGUCCAAGACAUGUCAGCCAUACUCAAGCUCGAUCCGGAAUUUCGCAAGUCCAACGAUGAAUACGACGACGACGACAAUAUCGAAGACAUGACGUCGAUUUUUGAAGAGAACGCCGAGACGACGACCCGGGGGUACACAAGGAAGGUCGUCCACAUCUACAAGAACACCAAAGAGUUUACAACGUUCUCGAACGUGUCCGAGGGUGACCCUUUCGAAGACGACACCACCCAGAAGUCCAUUGAGUUUUCCACAGUGAACGGGGACACAACUACGCAAACUGGCAACGAUAUAGAUGGGUCGCUUGUAAAAGAACCUACUUCAACGUAUCAGCAAGACUUAACUACAUCAACAACAGUAAAUGAUGUCCUAACGAAUACUACGAGCUUAGAUAAUCAACUCACCACAACGGCAACACCUACGACGAUAAGGACUCACGACUUCCCAACAACCAACGUUGAUACUACCACUGCAGCUGCAUCGACUACCACGGAAUUUGCAACUACUGAAGUACAUCAAGUAACAGAAAUGUCUACCUCUGUGAUGCUCGAGAUACAACAUAAAGUCACUGAGACACCAACCACCGCCUCUUUGGAACAACUUACUAGUAUGACGACUGUUUCCAACGAAAAGACUGAGACUUCGUUACCUUCCACUGAGAAGACGAUGGAGCUCUCGAUAUCCAACACAAGCAUAACAACGAAUGAAUCGAACGAAACUAUUUCAACCACUAUCGUUACUGUAAUUAUCGACGACACUACCAAACGUAGCGACAACAACAGCGACGCAAAAGAAACGCAGCCCAGUCUGACUUCUAGUGAAGUGGAGUCGAUAUACAACACACAACUUGAGCAGUACGAUUCCGAUGAAGAAGUAGCUCCAGAAAACGAAGGUUCCUCCACCCACCAACCAUCAACGGCAACGACCGCGAAGGAGAGUAUAGCUGAAGGGUCGGAACCGCCUGUUUUGACACACAGAAUACUCACCAACCAGGCGGUGUUUUCGAUAAAGAUCAGCAAAAAGGACAAAACUUUCUACGUUCCCACGCACGCGGUCAUCACGCAGAACAACAGCGCGGUUACGAUCUCUUGGAAGGGAGAUGGACCGGUCGAUAAUUCUGUAGUCCUACGUAUAGCCGAGCACGACAAGUACCACGUCAUCAAGGAGAUUCAAUUGAACAUCUUUAGAGAUGGAGAGAUGUUCAACCAAAGAAAACUCACCGCUUUUACGCCGGCGCAUUCCGACGAUGACUCCGCUCAGGGAAAAACGCGGGUCGUGAUGAUGAGAGACGGCACCUACGUUCAGUUUUCCAACGUCGAUUUUUUGAAGAAACCUGAAGAGUCGGAAAUAACGGAGGCCGCUGCCAGAUCUACGAGAAUGUGGCAUUUGGAGAUAGCGUCCAUUUGCUUGACCGUAGUCGUGCUGGUUUCCGUCACCGUUUAUGUAGUGACGGUCAAGGCGAAACAGCGACACCACAGUCGUAAAAAGGUGGGAGAAGUUCUUGACACCAGGUGUUGACGUCACAGGGUUAGGUUUGUAAUUCGACCAAAGACUUGCGAGAAGACCUGAAAAAUAGGUCGUAUCAGGGUUAGUUUUGAAACCAAAUUGUCAUCUGUGGUAGAUACCAUCUGCUGGUGCUGCGUUUGCGAUAUCGGUGCUGGUGGUUAAAAUUUAUGCGUGCAUGCGUGUAUAUACGAAAAUUUUAAUUGUACAUUUUUUGUUAUAUAAUAGAAAUAUAUUACUGC